CUCAGAGGGUAAAAACUGUCGCCAUUGAGCUCCUGUAGUAAAAACGCGAAUGUGUUUGUUGAGAGCGGAAGCGGAGGGCGGCGGCAGACUGAAGACGAGGAGGCGGUGAUGUCACCCAGGUGACUCUGGGGCUGUUGCCAUGGAGACGAGCACAGACUGUGAGGUCAGCAGUCCUGAUCCUGAGCGGUCUUCAGAUCCUGGAUCAGACCUGCUGCUAGGCUCCGCCUCCUCACUCAUCUCACCUGUAACAGCAACAUUAAGCCCCGCCCCUCCAGCCGACUGGCCCUGCCCACCGUCUCCUGUCGUAACCACAGAAACAAACACUCCUCUUCCUCCUCCUGCCGCUGGCUCCGCCCCCUCUGAUCCACCUGCUGACACCUGGAUGACAUCACAGCUGCUGGCUCCGCCCUCAGAGACGAGUCAGCUGAUCAUCGUGGAGCAGCGGAGUGAACACAUGGUGAUCAUCGCGGGCCAAUCAGAGGGCAGAGAGGUGUUUGUCAUCCCGUCCAAUCAGCUGGCGGUGAUCUCCAGCAGCCCGGCAGAUGCUGUUAACAUCCCGGUAACCGCGGUAACAGACUCCAGCAGCAGCAGUCGGCCUAUCAGCAGUGUGAAGCUGCUGCCCGCCGGCGCCCCCUGCUGGGCGCUGAGACUGCGUAACGCUGAGCAGAAGUUGGGAGACUCCUACCGAGGGUUCUGCUGCUCGGAGGCCGAGCUGGAGGCCAUCUUGUUGCUCCACAAGCAGCAGACCGGCUGCGUCUUCGGGACCCGUCAGUCUCCGUCUGUGGACAAACCAGCAACCAGGCUCAUGUGGAAGUCUCAGUACGUCCCGUACGACGGGAUCCCGUUCGUCAACGCGGGCAGCAGAGCGAUUGUGAUGGAGUGUCAGUUCGGACCUCGAAGGAAAGGACUGAACAAGAACUGUGAACACACAUACAGAGCUACCUGUCCCGCCAGGAUCUACAUCAAGAAGGUUCGGAAGUUUCCGGAGUUCGGCGUUCCCACGGAGCCGACGGCGGACAAGAGGACGGUGAAACAGGAGCAGGAGAAGGCCUUCCAGAUUCUGAAGAACCAGAACCUGGAGUCCGGAGGCGUCAUCAGGUUUUACCUGCAGCUCCCCACAGAGAGAGCUCACCUGUAUCACACCGUGGACACGCCCCCCAUCCCCCCGCCUCCGCCCGACCUCCCCCCUCCACCCACCCUGCCGGAGGAGGAGGAGGAAGAGGAUGAAGAGGAGGAGGCAGGAGACCAGGACGGAGCCAUCCCGUCUCGGCUCCACCCGCGAGUGGCAGAGAGGAUCCGACAGCUGGUGGCGGCGGGUCACCGUCAGGUGUACAGCGUCCGUAAGCAGCUCAGGCGCUUCGUGGAGAAGGAGCUGUGUAGAUGUGACGGUCUUCCAGAGAGACACAACCUCAGAUACUUUCCCACCGUCAACGACAUCAAGAACCACAUACACGAGUCCCAGAAGGCCUUGGGGCUGACCAGCCCUCCUGAGUGGACAGAAGACAGUACUGACCCUCUGAUGGAGACAGUCACACUGACACUGACUCCUGCUGCUCAAGUCAGCAGUGACUCUUUGUCUCCUGAAGCCGUUCAGCUCUUCACGUCUCUCUCGUCUCUGCAGCCAAAGAUUUUUGCUCAGCUGCAGGGAAUCCUCCUGCCACUCCCUCCUCGUCCUCUCUCCCCGCUCCCUCCAUCCUCCCUCCUCCAGACUCCUGUGGGGGAGUCAGCGGGGGCGUCGGGCCCAGAGGAGGAGCUCUGUGCGGGGGAGCGGCUCGGUGGAGGAACCCAGCAGGUGGUUCUACAGAACGGAGAGAACGUCCAGCUGCAGAUCAUUACCUCUGCUGCAGACAGCGAGGAGGCUAAUCAAUAACCAUAUUGAUCACUAAGCCCCGCCCCCUUAGUUACUGUUGCUACACUGUCAAUUGUCACAUUCUAGAAUGUCACAUAAGUCCCCAGAAGCCCCGCCCCCAACUUCCUCCUUCCCUCUGCUUAGAUAUGCUACGUGCUAAGCUAAUCUAUGUUGGAAAUACAACCACAUUUUAAAGAUGGUUGAAAGAUAAAAGACAUUUAUACAGUCACAUCUAAAGUUAGCUACUGUUAGCAACACACUAGCUAACUAACUAGCUAAUCUACGUCUAGAGUUAGUGAGUUGUAAUAAUUGUCUAAUGUUAGCAAUCAGUCAGUUAGCUAGCUUUUUUUUCUACUCGGUAAUUUUCAUCAGUUGUUUGUUAAUGAGUGUUUUGCUAACGUUAGCUACCUUAAGAUGGGACCGUGUUUAUGUUUCUCUACACAUUAAACAGAUUAAACAGAUAAAACACGUCGUAAGUUAGCUAAUGUUAGCAAAACAGUAGCUAACUAGGUAGCUAAUUUACAUCAGUUGUUAGCGGGCUAGUUUUAUCUGAAAGCUAAUUUUAGCAAAACACUAGCUAACAAACAACUUGUGUAAAUUAGCUAGCUAACAUUAGCUUUCUGAUGAUUAGCUCAUUUACAUCGGUUGUUAACGUUUAAUAAAAUAAUAAUAAUAUAUAAACAGUAGCUAACUUUAGAUGUGACGAUAUAAAUGUCUCUUUUAUCUUUUAACCAUCUUUAAAAUGUGGUUGUAUUUCCAACAUAGAUUAGCUUAGCAUGUAGCAUAACUAAGUAGAGGAGAGUUUUGGGUCAGUUAGUGAAAGUCUGUAAAUAAGCAGUCAGUUAUUCUAGUACAGUGUACAGUUAAUAUAGUUUACAGUUUAAUGAAGACGAGUGUAGAUAUAAAAGUUGUAAAUGUUGUUAUUGUAAAUAACUUCCUGUUUUUUGUACAGUUUUAAUAUUUAAGAUGGAAAAUGUUCUCAAGAGAUUGUUUUUAUUUUCUGUUAAAGCCUCCAAAACUGA